ACCAAAGUUACCGCCGUUGUAGUGGGCUUGGGCUUGGAUUUAGCAUCACAUUAACUGCGCCGCUCUACUUAGCCUUACAAAAUGACCAGCUUUUAACGGCAAAGUCUAGUGUCGCAUAACCUGCAAAUGUCCGGCAAAAGGGCUCGCGCAGCCUUUGAGGCUGAUUUACAGGCACAGGAGUCUCCUUAUGUCUUUUACGGGACUCCUCUUCCGCCGCUGGAUGCCGGCGUCCGCGACGAUGGAUCUUAUGUGCCGAUCUGGAAACAGGAGGUGACAGAUGACCGGGGAAGGAAACGCCUCCAUGGUGCCUUCACCGGUGGAUUUAGUGCCGGGUACUUCAACACCGUCGGAUCAAAGGAAGGAUGGACUCCCUCGACUUUUGUUUCCUCGCGACAGAACCGAGCAAAAGAUGCUCGACAACAACGGGUAGAAGACUUCAUGGACGAAGAGGAUAUCCGGGAGGCUGAAGAAUCUCGAAAUCUAAACACUACCGAUGAAUUUUCCGGGUUUGGGUCCACGGAUGUCGACCCCAACCGCCGGGGAGGGCUAAUGGACCUUUUCAAAAGUGGCGGUGAGACAAUGGGAGUCAAAUUGUUGAAAAAGAUGGGCUGGAAAGAGGGCCAGGGCGUUGGUCCCAAGGUUCGACGCAGAGCUCAUCUUGGCGACGACGCAGUCUACGGCGGCGGAGGCACUGACAAGACGUACUUGUUCGCGCCGGAGAAUUCACGCAUGGUGGCUUUCAUACAUAAGACAGAUCACAAAGGGCUUGGGUUUGAAGGCGAAUCUCGUCUUGGCUCCCAAAAGGCCGGGGGCGGCGAGUCUGAUGAAGAUGCCGAUCCAUUCUUUGGGCGGCGACUGACCACUCAAGGUGUUUCCAAGCGGUCAGCCCCAAAGGAGCCGCGGCGCGGGGCAUUUGGCGUCGGUGUGCUGAAUGACACCGGUUCAGAUGACGAGGACCCAUAUUCAUUAGGACCUCAGAUCUCGUAUAAUCGGGUCAUUGGGAAAGACAAAAAGAAGAAGAAAAAGUUGAUAGAAGAUGCAAAACCAAAGGUGGCAUCAAACCCUCUAUUGAACAACAAACCGGUAUUUAUAUCCAAGAAGGCAAUUGCCGCUAGGAAUUCUACAGGUUUCAGAAAAUGUCACGAUGGCCGCUUGCCCUUAGAUGGAUUUGUGCUAGCGGACGGCGUCUCUAGCCUAACGAUUUCAGCACAGGAGAAGAAAUACGCACCCCCCGAGGUUCCUAAAGAUUGGAAAUGCAGCAAGACCCCAUCAGAAAACAGGGAUGCAUCUAAAUACGUUUCUACGGCUGAGGCAGCUAAAGCUUCUUCUUUAGACCCCACGUCACGAGCCGCACUUUUAGGGGAAACGCAACUUCCCGGAAAAUCUAUAUUUGAUUGGAUGACCCCUGAGUCCAGGGAGAGGAUCAUCAAACUAACAGGGAAGACUGACCUACCGCCAGCAUUAGGCGAGAAAGCUCCAGAAGGAUACGAAAUGUCAGAGGCGCAGAAGCGGAAGGACUUGUGGGAUCUUGUCCCCAAAUUGGAUAAGCAAGUAGCCAUUCAGGCUUUGACCCGAGCGGCCAGUGGUUGGAUGCCUUAUGCCGAGGAUCCAGAUAAGCGAUCCCGAUAUCGAACUUUCCUCCAAGUCCGGGCGGGCCUCCGAGAAAGUCUUCCGGAUCGGGUUUCGGGGUCGAGCACCGACGAGUGGGUUGCUGAGCUCCACGAGUUCGCUCGCGCUGCAGAGGUCUUCAAACCGAUGUCCGGGGCCAUAGCGUCGCGAUUCACGUCUGCCUCCAGUGGACCAAAAGGAUCCUCAGAUGAGGCGGAAUCAUCUGCGGCGGAUUCGUUACUUUAUAACCCUGCCAAGAAGCCCGAAGACCCUGCCGUAGCGGCCGCAAAGAUCGGCAUGUUUGGGCCGAUGACUCGGAGCAACAUUUCGUUCUAUCCGACGCGUCUUUUGUGCAAGCGGUUUAAUAUAAAACCUCCGGACCAUGUGCAAUCGGACCCCAGCGAUCCGAUCAAACCUUCAGAAACUGCCUCUGGGGGUCGGUUCCAGUCUGCAGGAUAUCAGACUACUGGGCCUAAGGAAUUAGUCUCGCAGGAAGUUAUGGAUCAACUUCUGCUUGAAGCAGGCGCUAGCAGUGGCGCUGUCGAAAAACCUAAACCGAUCGUAGUGGAGCCUGAGCGCAACGAAGCGUUGGAGGCGGAGCGACCAGGCGAGGAAAUUUUCAAGGCGAUAUUUGGAAGUGAUGACGAGGAUGAUGAGAGUUGAGCAACCAGAUUAGUAUUCUCUUUUUCUCACUGUGGUACCUCAACUGCUGAUCCGCGUGACAAGCAUAGUUAGUAGAAGACGAAUCACAAUUAGAUCUCCACAAUGGCAAAGAUUAAGAACCAAACCCGCAACGGCGUGGAUGGUGGAGACCACAUUUAAUUAGUAGUAGUACUUCGUAUUCACGUUCAACUAAAACAUCGGUCUGGCUAUAGUAUGGAUGAG